AUGCCACUUUUUGAGGGUCUCAGCGUUGGGGUAGAGAAGACAGCUGCUAUCUUUGACAUAGGUGCUGCAUAUACAAAAGUGGGUUUUGCUGGUGAAACCAGUCCAAGAGCAACGAUACCAAGUAAAAUCAAACUCUCCAAGACAGAUAAGAUUGUCCAUAUCUGGGACUACACCAAUACAGAAGAGCUGUAUGAUGCAUUAGUAGAAUUUCUUCACCAUAUAUACUUUAGGCACUUAUUAGUAAAUCCAAGAGACCGCCGUGUGGUUGUUUGUGAAUCUGUCUUGUGCCCUACACAGUUCAGACAAACCCUUGCUAAAGUCUUUUUCAAAAGAUAUGAGGUGCCCUCAAUAUUAUUUGCUCCAUCACAUCUCACCACACUCUUCACACUUGGGAUCAAUACAGCACUGGUCCUUGAUGCUGGCUACAAUGAAACAACUGUUCUUCCAAUUUAUGAAGGCUACCCAAUCAUCAAGGCUGUAGAGUCAUUACCUCUCGGUGGCAAAGCAAUCCAUGAGAACCUGGAAAGGCAGCUAAAGGAGACAGGGACAAUUAGGGAGAAUGGAGAAGAACAUAAACCUUUGUCUUCUGUCAUGGACAGCAUUCCAGCUGAUGUCUUAGAAGAUAUCAAAGUAAGGACGUGUUUCAUGACCAAUAUGGAGAGAGCAACAUCCAUUCAACAGAGUAUACUCCAGGGAGAUGAUAGUAAGUGGCCAAGCCCUGCUGCGUCUGUUGAAUACCCACUGAAUGGAGGUAGAACGUUGACCAUUGAUGGUAAAACUAGAGAGAUAGCUUGUGAAGUUCUCUUUGAAAUGGAUAGUGAUGAACAGUCUAUUGCAACGCUUGUCUUAGACUCUAUACUUAAGUGUCCAAUUGACAUGCGGAAACCUCUUGCUGAUAACCUAGUCUUCAUUGGAGGCACUUCUCUGUUGCCAGGGUUCUCCCAUCGGCUUCUUGCUGAGUUAAAGCAGCUUCUUACUAAGCCCAAGUACAAGGACUGUCUAGCCAUCUCGACAUUCAAAGUACAUUCCCCACCAGCUCAGGCCUACUUUACAGCAUGGCUAGGAGGAGCCAUAUUUGGAGGUUUGGAGGUUCUGAGCUACCGGUCAUUAACAAGGGAUGUUUUCCUGCAGACGGAGGUUGUCCCUGACUGGUGCUCUCUGUUACCAGCUGUCACAGAAGUUGAGCAAUCUGCUGCCAAGGACAAGACACCAUUAAAAUCACUAGGAUUGCGGAAGCCACAUGGUGAGGCCAAAGGCACCCCAGAGAAAUGAAAUUGAAGUGACACUUGUAAUUCUUAAGACUGCAUAUGUGUUUUCUUUUGAGAUGUGGCUGGCAAAUCAAAAGACACCAGGACGAGGAAGGAACAGAAGAUCUUGUGGUCCUUGAAAUAAAAGUACAAAUACUCUUUGGAACUUUUGGUUUUAUACAAGUCACCUUAAGAAAUCAAAGGCACAGGGAAUGAAUGUAUAGAUUGAAACUAAAUUUAGCAACCCCCUGGCUAAGGAGAACCUUUCCAAUAUAGGUUGCAUUUUCCUAUUUCUGUGCAAGCUUUCUGAAGAGCAGGCUUGAAGAGCUUACCCAGAAAGACUGAAGUACAGUAGAGAUUUAGAUUCAUAUGACAACUGGAGUCAUUGAUCUUUUAGUAUUGCAUUGAGUGAUAGUACCACAGUGCGUAUGAAGAUUCUGAGGUCUUGUUCUCCGAUAAGGCUGCAUUUACUUAAACUUUUGAAAGCAUGCUGUCUUCGCUACAGGCACACAAAAUAGUUGAAAGAAUAAGGCUUGAAGAGCUUACCCAGAAAGACUGAAGUACAGUAGAGAUUUAGAUUCAUAUGACAACUGGAGUCAUUUUGCUCUUGUAUGGCAUUGAGUGAUAGUACCACAGUGAGUAUGAAGAUUCCAAGGUCUUGUUUUUCAUGAGACUGCAUUUACUUAAACUUUUUAAAGCAUGAUGUCUACUGUACAGGCAAGCAAAAUAGUUGAAAAAAUAACCAAGGUUCUGCAGGUUGUUUAAGGGAUUUGACAUGGUUUACAACACCAAAUGCACCCUUGGGUCCUGUAAAAGCAUAUUGAUUGAUAUGGACUGCUUUUUAUGAGUGAUUGAAUUGCUGAUUGUGUACUAUCCAUCGUUAAUGAUUAAUUGUAUGAUCAUUUGCUAAUUCCCCAUUUUACAUUUGGUCUAUGAUCAUUGUAGGUUCCUGUAGGGUGAUUGUUCAAUCACCUAAGGGUGGUGUAUGAUGAUCGUUCAAUCACCUAAGGGUGGUGUAUGAUGAUCAUUCAAUCACCUAAGGGUGGUGUAUGAUGAUCGUUCAAUCACCUAAGGGUGGUGUAUGAUGAUCAUUCAAUCACCUAAGGGUGGUGUAUGAUGAUCGUUCAAUCACCUAAGGGUGGUGUAUGAUGAUCAUUCAAUCACCUAAGGGUGGUGUAUGAUGAUCGUUCAAUCACCUAAGGGUGGUGUAUGAUGAUCAUUCAAUCACCUAAGGGUGGUGUAUGAUGAUCGUUCAAUCACCUAAGGGUGGUGUAUGAUGAUCAUUCAAUCACCUAAGGGUGGUGUAUGAUGAUCAUUCAAUCACCUAAGGGUGGUGUAUGAUGAUCGUUCAAUCACCUAAGGGUGGUGUAUGAUGAUCGUUCAAUCACCUAAGGGUGGUGUAUGAUGAUCGUUCAAUCACCUAAGGGUGGUGUAUGAUGAUCAUGUGAUUUUGCACAGAUUCACGAUCAUUGUAGGAUCUAUGAUUAGCAUGGAGUUAUACAAAUUUUUCAAAAUCAUAAGACCUUAGACACGUUAUAAGGGCAUGUCAUAGGAGCAAUAUACAAUCAGCACGGGGCAUCACCAUCGUACCAUAUACAUGCAUUCUGCGAUCAGCACAGGGUUAUCGUACACUCAGCGCAGGGGCAUUUUACAAUAUUUGAAUGAUCUCUGUAUGGCCUCUGUAUGGUUUGUCUUUGGUCCUCCAUCAUACCCUACUCAUGAAAUCUGAUAAUGGUUGUAAAUAAUGUGAAUGUACCCCCCUCAAAAUGAUAUUAAGACUAAUCAAUCAUAGCAAAAUGUGAACAAAGCAGUAUUAGGUAGAAAAGUGGUCUCCCAAUUUACUGACCCAACUUUAAAUUGUUCAUAAUGUUUGUUACAAGCUACUGAAAUCCUGCAAUUUGAGUGGCCAAGGGCAACAUUUUCAAAAACUUGUGUUGUUUUGUCAUUGAUGACAAAUUUUUUUAAACAAGGCCAGUACACAAAGCUAAGAAGCGAGUUCAAUUCAUAUUACAUAACAUGUAUAUGCCAUGGAGAGGUAAUAUAUGACCUUGUACUCAUUCGUGUUUAGUUAAAGAAGACUAAUCUUGCCAUUAUCUCCUUACUUAGAGUUUACUAUAAUGUUAUCCCAAUUGGGACAGCUCUUUAUGACUUUACCACGGGGACAUUUCUUAUGUUUGAGCAUAUACCUUUUUUUUUAACGAGAGAUUAUGGUGGUGAAUGAUGUGUAUUCAAAUUAAAGAUUGUAUUUCAGAUCCAUUUCUUUAGGAAUGAAACUAACACAUUACAAAGAAUUCAAAAUAAGUAUAUCAAAUUCCCCUGGUAAUUUCCAUGUACUAGGGCCUCAUUAUAUUGAUGUCUGUUGUCUUACUUGUAUGCCAUUAAACAGCAGAAUUAUUAAAGAUCAAGUCCACCCAAGAAAAAUGUUUAUUUGAAUAAAAAGAGAAAAAUCAAACUAGCAUAACACUGAAAAUUUCAUCAAAAUCGGAUGUAAAAUAAGAAAUUUUGACAUUUUAAAGUUUCAAUUAUUUUUCACAAAACAGUGAUAUGCACAACUGAGUGACAUGCAAAUGAGAUAGUCGAUGAUGUCCCUCACUCACUAUUUCUUUUGUUUGUUAUUGUUGGAAUUAUACAAUAUUUCACUUUUUACAAAUUUGACAUAAAGGACCAACUUGACUGAACCCUAUAGUAUUAAUGCUAAUUCCACAUGUUCAGGGAGGAAUUUGGAGAAAAUUAGAAUAUUUCAUAUAAUAAAAUACAAAAGAAAUAGUGAGUGGAUGACAUCAUCAGUCUCCUCAUUUGCAUACAGACCAGGAUGUGCAUAUAACUGUUUUGUGAAAUUAAGCGAAACUUUAAAAUGUGAUAACUUUCUUAUUUUAUAUCCGAUUUUGAUGAAAUUUUCAGUGUUAUGCUUGUUGGAUUUUUUCUUUUUAUUCAAAUCAACUUUUUGUUGGAGUGGACUGUCCUUUAAGGGAUUGCUAUUAUCACAUUAGUAAGACAACAUAUAAUACAAAAUGUACAUAUUUGUAAAUAAUGAGCAUACCAUUCAAUAUUUUACCAGCACAAGUCAAGAUAGCAGAAAUAUUGUUAAAUGAGUCAAAUCACUUUUGAACAAAACAAAAAAACUGUGAUCCCAAAAUGAAGAAAUGGAACAAAGAUAAAGUAUGUGUA